AUGCCCAACUUCCGCGACUCAGCUAGUUCGUGCGACGUCUGUCUCGAGCCAUACCGUGAGAAGGAGGCGAAUCGUGAACAACAUAUCUUGGUCCCCUGCGGACAUAUGUACUGCUUCAGGUGCAUUCAAGGCUUACGCGGUCUGUGUCCGUCGUGCCGGAAACCCUACCAACAGCACAUCCAAGUAUGGCAUGACGCUCCCCGCUCUGUAUCUCCUUCGCAGAUGCUGCUCGACGCGAAGGAAAACGUGAGAAUCGCGUGCUUCAAUUUGGAUCGGUAUGAGGGCUUGGGCAGUGACUUCCAUGAGAGGGUUGAGGAUCUUCUUGCGCUUUGUGUUCCGAAGGAGGAGUCGGAGGAUAGGAUCUUGCCAGUACUUCAGGCCAUCGAAAGACUGGUGCUCGGUUUCAAAGAUGCGCACGCAAUCGCCGCCAGGGAGUCGCACAGGAUGCACCACAACGUGCAACCAGCAAGAGAACGCGAAGAGGCUCGUCAAAACGCUCUGAUCGAGCUGUUACUUCAAGAUGUCGAGGUUCUUCAAUCCAGACUGGAAGCCCACCAGUCCAUAGCUCCAGUUGCGGCAGACAUGCCGCGUUCGAAGAGAUUAACGCCUAUACUCGCGCCUAACCCGCUCUUUGGCCGCGUCGACCCGCUCGCUCCCGGCGCAUUCUACUAUGUUGGUCCGCCGCCCGGUCAUGGUGUCAAACUGGGACGCCAAACACCUGCGAGGACGCUCGCGUCUCCGCGUACGUCGCGCGAUGAACUUCUGAACUCGUAUCUCGAGCGCGUUCAGGAUAAGCUCGAUCGGGCCGAGCAGGAAGAUGCAGCGCGAAGAGCUGCAAUGCCGGAUUACUAUGCAGCAGAACCACCUACCGAACCUCUCCUGCUCAAUACACACGAGUAUGACCAGGAUGUCAAUCGCUUUCCACUAGCUGACGCCCUUGGCUUGCAACGGAAUCAUUCAUCUGCUGGAUUGGGUCUGGGUUUCGACUCUAGAGACCCUAUAGGCGGGACACUCUUCCGCUGA